CAGAUUUCGGACCACCAAACAGCAUGCCACGGGCCGGAGCCUGGAAAGCCCAUGCGACGGCGGCAUCCACAAGGCCCAGCCGAUAGCGAUCAUCAUGACAGGGCCUUUGUCUCUCCUUUGCAGCAGGUCUUGCACUUCGGCGUUUGCGAUCUCGGCCGGGUUUCGGGACAUGGGCACCACCCACCACACUUGGCGUCUGCUGUGUCGGCCUUCCUUGGGGCCACAGGCUGCGCACGCCUGGGGCGCUGUGCCGUGGGGUGGCCUCACUUCGUGCCAACUGGUUUGCGUGGAGAGGACCUUCAACGGUGGGCAGCCGACCAUUGGCCUGCAGCGGAGAAGAAGCUUGAGGGUGGCUGGCCCUUUCUGGCUGGCGCAAAGUUAAUGCAGCAGCCAGGCGAUAGAUUGAUGAUGCUGGACACGGCUUUCGCCGCUUUUGCACGAGACCCCUGUGCUCUGUGUAGCUUCGAUCCGCAGGGUCGGCUUCCCUUGCACGUGGCUGCUCGACGAAGCGGCCAUGCCAUGCUCGUGCAGCUGUUGCUGGACUUACAAGCUGAAGUGGAUGCUGUGGGGCAGAUCGAUGGAAGAACAGCCCUGCACUGUGCUUGUGCAGCGGGCGAUGCCCAGUCAGUGCGGUGUUUGUUGGCCGCUCGCGCUGAUCCGCAGCGGAGGGAUCACUUGAGGAUGCUGCCAUUGGAUGUCGCAGCACGCUUGCGGGCCGAAGAAGCACAAGAGGUGCUUUUGGCCACUAUGGUGCCGCACUCGUCGACGUGUGCCAACACGGGGAGGUGCCAUGUCUCCUGAAAAAGUUGCAGAGAUUCUGAUUUCAGAGGUAGAGCGGCAGAACAGUGGCUUCUCACUGCCCGACUUGAAGAUUUCUGGAUCUCCAAUUG